AAUGAGGACUUUUUGGAGCCACCUCUUGGAUACAGCAAGGAAACCAAAACUAUAAGAAGACGUAAUCCUCUCAAGGUGAUAUUCUUGCUGAAUUCUUGACCUUACUUCCAGAUAAGACAUUAAAAAAGAAGAGUCAACUAUCUGUUUUGUAUUUAAACACCCAUAUCACUGUUGACAUGGAGGAAACAUCAAAAUGCCUGGAGUGUGGAAAAAACUUCUCCCGCAGUAGAUGUUUACAUUUACAUCAAAGGACUCCCACUGGGGAGAAACCCUAUACGUGCCUGGAGUGUGGAAAGAGCUUCUCUCGUCCUUCAGGUUUACGAUCGCAUCAAAGGACUCACACUGGGGAGAAACCCUAUACGUGCCCAGAAUGUGGACGGAGCUUCACCGAGAAUGGACCUCUACGUUCCCAUCAAAGGAUUCAUACUGGGGAGAAACCUUAUGAAUGCCGGGAGUGUGGACGGAGCUUCACUCAGAGAGGAAAUCUACGAUCACAUCAAAGGACUCACACUGGGGAGAAACCCUAUAAAUGCCUGGAGUGUGGAAAGAGCUUCACUCACCGUACAAAUUUAUAUUCGCAUCAUAGGACUCACACUGGAGAGAAACCCUAUAAAUGCCUGGAGUGUGGACAGAGGUUCACUGAUAGUUCAGGUCUACGUUCACAUCAAAGGAUUCAUAGUGGGGAGAAACCCUAUAAAUGCCUGGAGUGUGGAAAUAGUUUUGGUCAUAGUGGAGGUCUACGUAAGCAUCAAAGGACUCACUCUGGGGAGAAGCCCUAUACAUGCCUGGAGUGUGGAAAUAACUUUGCUCAAAGUGAAGCUCUGCGUAGGCAUCAAAGGACUCACACUGGGGAGAAACCCUAUAAAUGCCUGGAGUGUGGACAGAGCUUUGCUAAUAGUACCGGCCUGCGUUCCCAUCAGUGGACUCACACUGGAGUGAAACGCUAUACAUGCCUGGAGUGCGGACAGAGUUUCACUGAUAGUUCAAAUCUAUAUAAACAUCAAAGAAUUCACACAGGGGAGAAACCUUAUACAUGCCUGGAGUGUGGGCGGAGCUUCACUCGUCGUUCAGGUUUAUGUUCGCAUCAAAGGACUCACACUGGGGAGAAACCCUAUACAUGCCUUGAGUGUGGACGGAGCUUCACUGAGAUUGGAAAUCUACGUUCACAUCAAAGGAGUCACACUGGGGAGAAACCUUAUACAUGCCUCGAGUGUGGACACAGUUUCACUCUGAGGGGACAUCUAAAUUCACAUCAAAGGACUCACACUGGGGAGAAACCCUAUAAAUGCCUGGAGUGUGGACAGAGCUUCACUGAUAGUUCAUAUCUGCGCUUGCAUCAAAGGAUUCACACUGGGGAGAAGCCGUAUAAAUGCCUGGAGUGUGGAAAUAGGUUUGCUCACAGUGGAGCUCUACAUAGGCAUCAAAGGACUCACUCUGGGGAGAAAUCCUAUAAAUGCCUGGAGUGUUGAAUGAGCUUCACUUGUUCAAGUAAGAAUGGUCAUCGAAGGACUCAAACUGGGGAUUAACCCCAUACAUGCCUCAAGUGUGGAAAAAGCUUCACUCACAGUAAGCAUCUACAUAAACAUCAACAUAGAGGAGAACACUAGGGAGAAAACCUAUAAACACAUGGCACAUGGCAUAGUUCCAUUAGACCUCACUACCUCUGAGGAUGCUUGCCAUAGAUGCAGGCGAAACGUCAGGAGAGAAUGCCUCUAGACCAUGGCCAUACAGCCCGAAAAAACCUACAACAACCCAGUGAUUCCGGCCAUGGAAGCCUUCGACAAUACAUUGAACAUUGAAGAAGAUUGGGAAGGAUUAUACAAACUUUUGGAUUGGUCAUAUAGAAUUACAUAAGAUGUGUGGGGCACAAAGAGGGAAGAUGUACAAUAAGGAAAUGGCCAAAUCAAAUGAAUUAAAUUUGGCUUUGAAUAAUUUCAACCAUUUAAAUUAAAAGAAUACAAAAAAUGGCAAGAAGAGCUCAAGAACUGUGGGUGAAAAAGGAUAUCACUAUUACUUGUGUGUGUGUGUUUUGUAUUAUGUCCUUACCCAAGAUUUAAGAAAUUCUGAGUAAUGGCUGUUGGGAACAGCAACCUCCCAGAAGCCUCCACUGACUUUUUGUUAAUGUAUACAAUGGUUAGCCAGUAUUCUGUGUGUAUGUUGAUUUCCCAGUUUGGCCUUCCUCUUUGGUGUGGGAGGAGCUAUAGCCAUGACGGUUCUGAGCGUGUGCAGACGUGGGCACCCCGGUUUGUGUUCAGUGUGCUUUUGGGCUUCAGGGAGGGGGUGUUUGUGCUCCUGGGCUUCGGUGUGAUCAGUCUGUUUGCCCCCUCUUUGGAGGCAGGUGUGUCCGCUUGUG